AUGGAUGCGUUUUUCGUCCAUCACUAUGAUUUUUAUCACCCAUAUCCGAUAAAGUUAUGGACGACAAGCGCAUUCCCAUCAGUUCCAUACCUUUUAACAUAUGAUGGUGUCAAUCUUCGCUUAUUCAAUUAUGAAACUAACCAAUGCAUAAAGCAAAGAGAUUAUUUAACACAUGAUAAUCUUUCAUCAGCAUUUACAGUUCAUUCAGAGCUAUAUCCUUCACGCGUUAUCUUCGUUAUUAUACGAGAUCGAAGAUCAUUAAUUGCAUUCGACGAAAAUCUUGUAGAAAUCCCAUCACUUACGUUCGAUACUACACUAGUAAUACUUUCUUCUGUAUGGUCACAAAAAAUGCAGAAGUUAUUCGUUUCAGGAAAUUUUGGAUGGUUAAGAUGCUUAAGUUUACAAGUCAAAAACUCAAUCAGUGGUACACUUGCUCAGUGGGUUGCUGAUUGGUCUUCCCAUGAGAGGAAAAAUUGGGUUAAUCACCUUACUCUUGAUGAAAGAGAUAGAUUUGUCAUUGGAUCUUCUGAGAGUGAUAUCAUUGUAUUCUCAGCAGAUGAUGGCUCGUUCGUUUUCAGAUUUAAUGCUUUCCAUGCUUUUGAAAUAAGUGCCAUUCAAUAUUCAAACGACAGACAUAUGCUUUACACAGCAUCAGGAGAUGGACUUAUCAAGUGCUGGCGUAUAUUUGGCAAAAAACCACAACUUGCGCAAACAAUUAAACAAUUACAACUCGGUCCUAUCAAAAUGCAACUCGAUGCUACUGCUCUUAUAUCAAUUUCUCAUGAAAGAGUGUUACGACGUUAUAAUAUAAUGACAGGAAAUUUAAUUGCAGAAAUAAAUCUCGAUAUCUCUCAUUCGAAUGAAGAAAAGAAUGUUGAAGCAGUAUUAGAUGUACAAACAGCAUUUUUCAACAAGCAUCAAUGGGUUUUUGAAAGUGAAGGAAUAAGAAUUAUGUCUUUUGAAACACUUUACGCCCCUGUCGAGCUUGCUGUAUGCUGUGACUUAGUUUCAGACAUUGCUGUAUCAUCAGAAGGCAAUAUUUUAGCCAUUUGUCGAAAUAAUAUUAUGCAUGAAAUUCAUCCUGACGGAAACAACAUAGAAACAUAUGAUAUUGAUGCAUCUAUUGUAGAAAAUCUUCAUAAGUCACAUCCUGUUACAACAAAACUUACAAAAUUCAUUAUUGAAAAUGAUAUUUUGUAUUUAGGUUACCAAGGAGGUGAAAUAAAGACAUAUGACUUCAAGAAUAAAAAAUGCAAUGAAAUGCUUGAAACAAAUAAGACUGUUCCUGUUACUUAUAUGUCAAUUGUUGAUCAUCUCUUUGUAGAGCGUCAUGUUUACUGCCCAGCCGACGGAGAAAGGAAAAUUCAGAAGAUGCUUUUAACAGAUUCAUAUCCAGGAGCAUUCGCUCUUUACUGCAGCAAAUGCGAUAAUUAUGUUGGCAGCUGGAAAAUAACUGACAACUCCAUACUUCAACUAGCCCAAAUACCGAAUGGCAAGCUGAUGAUUAUGCUUGAAAAGAAUACAAUAUCUCUCUGGGAAAUGGCAACUCAAAUUCAAUGUAAAAGUUCUGUUCAAUUUGAUGAAUUCGAUAUAGGAGCAAGUUUUGUUUUUGCAACACCAACAGUCAUUUUCGUUGCAAUGACAAACGGAAAAGCUUCUUCCUAUGAAAUCCAAUUAGAUGACAAUCCACAAUUAGUUCAUAGCCAUACAAUAGCUGUUUUCAAGACCCCAUUCAUGAAGAUGCUUCCAACAUGGAUAUUAAAGACCAGUCCCGAAUACAAAGAACUUGAUGAAAAAUAUGAUUUGGAAGGAAUCGUUUGCUGCAUGAGUACAGAGGACAAAUUUACUAUUGUUGAUGCAACAACAGGUAUUAUACAGUUUACAUGCAGUUUACCACGUCACAAAUCAAUGAUGAGUUUCGGAUUAGUUCCUUACAAACAUUUAUUCAUCGCUGUAUCAAUAGAUCAGAACAUCAGACUUCUUGAGUAUCCAACGUUCAAGAGAAUCAGGCCAAAAGUACAAGAAACAGAUGAAGAAAAAGAAGAACAAGAAAAAGUUUCUUUGGCUCCAAAACCAUUCACUGAUGAUGAUUACGAACAAAUGACAUCCAGAUCAAACAGAAGAAAGAAAGAAGGUGAAGAAAAGGAAGGUUCGUCAGUAAGAAACUUCAGUGAAGAAGCAUUUGAAAAAGCUCAAAAAACUCGUUUAGUUUUCAAAGAAAAUGAUACAAAAACAUUUCGUUUUGAAUACGAUAACGGAUGGCCAAGAAUUGUUGUUGAUGAUUUGAAGGAAGAAGAAGAACUGGAAGAGGAAGAAGAACAAAAAGAACAUUCUCCUUUCUCAGCAUAUGAUACUCCGAAAGAACUUUCUGAUAAUGAAGUUGAAUUUUCUUUGAAAGAUCAAAUUUUUGUUUCUGAUAUAAUGAACAUGAAUGAAGACAUGCAGAAAGAAAUCGAUGAUGUCACAAGACAUAACCAUGAAGUUUAUAAAAGAAUCAUGAAAGAAAAUCCAAAAGCAAGAGAAAUUUUGGAGAAAAAACCUUUGAAGAAAAUCACUGAAAAGUAUUCCUAUGAUUUAUAUGAUGAUGACGAUGAUGAUCUGUAUGAUAUCUUCUUAUCAUUAGAUGUUACUCAUCUUUCUACAUCAUCAAAGAUCAGAGUGAACUCAAAAGUUCAUUCUCCAAGAGAAAAAAUCGAUGUUUUGAAGUUGCCGAAACAAAAGGCGAUUAAACCAAUUGGCCAGAAGAAACCACACAAGAAAGCGAUGAAGAAAUACAUGAUUCUUGAAUUCCAAGAUGGAACAAAGAUAAAAGCUGAUGAAAAGAUGAUCAAUUUGUUGAAAGCAAUGACACAAGACAGCAAUAAAAAAACAACAGGAUCAAAUGAAGAAUACAACACUCCUGGUUUAAUUUUCCACAGAGCUUUAGUUGAUUUGGAUAAGAACGCAAAGGAAAAGAAGAGAAGGCAAAUCAUCAUUGAAGAACAGAGAUUAAUUGCUUUGCCAAUUCAAACAGCUACAACAGGAGGAGUUUCAAUUGGUGCUUCAAACAAAAGAUAUUUUCCAAAAGGAACAAUCUCAAAGUUUGUUGUUAAUACAACAGGUGGAUCUUCUAUUGUCAACAUCAAUCAGAAAGGAAACAUCUUGAAAUCUCCUUUCUUCCAUUGGGAAGGAGUCAAUUUCUCGCAGACAGGAAGAAAGAGACAUAGAAGGAAGAAAUAUAAAAUCAUGAAUUUCAAUGUUGUCGGUGAACAUGUUAUCGAAUACGAAGAAGAGGAAGAUUACGUGUACGAAGAAGAAGAGGAAGAAUUUGAAAGCGAAAGUAUUUCAACAGCAUCUAAAAGUUCUCAUGAAAAAGCAAGUGUAAAAAGUUCUUCUUCAACAGUUACACCAGAAAAAUCUCAGCCACAAGAAGAAGAUACAUUUGGUGAAGAAGAUACUUUUGAAGAGAACUUGUCACCAAUUCCUUCAAAGAUUAAUUUGUUCGAUAACUCUGAUGACAGAGCCAGAAGAUUAAGAGAAAAAUCUCCAAGUGUAAAAGCAAUUUCCGAUUUGUUCGGAACAUCAGAUAAUCCUCUUUUGGAUCUCCUCAAUAAGACUGAACAACUAACAACAGACCAGAUCUUGAGCGAUAUGCACAAUAACUAUCCUGGAGGUCCUGUUGAAUGGAGACCUUUGGAAGCAAUUCCAAAAGUGACAUCAAAGAAUGUUUUCAACAUUGGAGGUUUGCAUAUUCCUUCAACUCUUCCUGAAUCUGAAAGACCAUUAUCUCCAAGACUAGUUGAUCCUUUGAUGAUGCUAAACAGACAAAUGAAAUUGGAUGAUAAUGAUUUGAGUUCGAUUUCUGAAACUUCUGAUGAUUUAAUGGCAUAUUCUGACAUUUCUUCUGAGAGUCUUUUGUACGAUGAAGAAAAUUCAUCAUCUAAAGAAUCAAUGAAGGUAAAGAAGAAUACAAAGGAGUUAUCACAAUCACAGUAUUUCAUUCAAGCAAGUCUCAGAAGAAAUGAUUUUGCUGCUUUGCGAAAAUUGCUGGAUGAAGAUGGUUUGAUUGAUGAAAAUGAUACAUUUAUUAAUUUGCCAAGAUGGCAGCCAACUGUUGAAUUCAAGCCAAGACACCAACCUGUUGAGAAAAUACCAGGAACAAACAGAUCAAACAAAGAUAAGAAGAAAUCUCAAAUCCAAAAACAAAAAGAAAAAGAAGAUACUUCUGGAAUCAAAAUCGAACAAGUUAAUGCACAAGAAAUCUCUGAUGAAGAUGAUAUCGACAUUGAUAAUGAUAAUGCAGUUCUUCAGAAAUCAGAAUCAGAUGAAACAAUACAGAAACAAAAGAAUGAUUCAGAAGAAAUCGAAGAAGAAAUAAACGAAGUUCCAAACGACGAAGAAACAGAAGAAAAACCGAAAUACAAAAUUUCGGAAGGCCUCAAGAAAGAAUUCAAGAGAGAAACAAUCCAAGUUGCUAAGACUAAAGCAACAACGAAUUAUUCAAACAUCAAGUACGAACACGAGAAAAGAACUCCUCCACCUCUACCAGAAGAAAAACCACAAAGAAAAGCUCCAGAACCAACAGAAGAAGAGCCAAGGAUCGACAAAUCAAAGCUGAAAAUCGCCGAAGGAAUGCAGAUAAAGAAGAAAGUCAAGAAGAUCAAAGUUGUCGAAAAGAAAGAAGGAAAAGUUAAGAAAGUCAAAGUUGCAAAAGAAAUGAAAGUUAAACCGAAAAACUCAAAAAUCAAAAAGGACAAAGUUAAGAAAGGAAAACUUGUUAAACCAAAGAUUGCAAAGUACAAGUUCAAGAAGUUCAAACCAAUUAAAAUGCCGAAGAUAAAGAGAUUCAACUCUUUUUGCGCCAAGAAACAUCCAGUUAAAAACGAAUAUUUCGAAGAAAAAGAAUUCCAUAAAAUAGUUCAUGAUAAGAAGGCAAAUAAAACAGCCAUGUAUUUGAGUGACGAAGAAAGGAGAUGGGAAGAGGAAGAAGAAGAAAUGGAGUUAAAUCAAGGUGAAGAAGAGGAAAUCCAAGAAGAGGAAGAAGAAAAUUACGAAGAAGAAGAGAAACAGGAAGAAGAAGAUUUGGAAGGUUACGUUUAUGUUUACGAAGAAGAAUCUGAAGACGAGUUUGAUUUAUUGGCACAGAAAGCUAAAAUGAAACAGAAAGAAGAAGAAAUGAGAAGAAGACAAGAGGAAGAAGAAGAAAACGAAAAGAACAAACAGAAAAAGAAGAAGAAAAACCAAAAGAUGAAGAAGUCUUCUCGUAGUAUUAAAUCCAAGAAAUCACAGACAAAUAAAACUGCAAGAAGUUCUAAAUCGAAACAAAGUCACAAAUCACAUAAAUCUUCAGAGGAAACAACAGAAGAAAAGAUUUUCGAGGAAGAAGAGGAAAAAAUUGUUGAAGAGGAAGAAAAGAACGAAAUCAUCGAACAAAAUGAAGAAGAAGAGAAGAAGGAGAACGAAGAAGAGGAAGAACAGUUAAUAACUGUUAAGAAGCAAGCGUUUAGAAGACAUUACCAGACAAAGAAGAAACCUGUUGUUGAAGAACAACCAGAACAAGUUGUAGAAGAAAAGAAAGAAGAGGAAGAGAAAAAGGAAGAAAAAAUCGAAGAAGAGGAAGAGGAGGAAGAAGAAUACUACGAAGAAGAAGACUAUUACGAGGAAGAAGCUGUCAAUGAAGAAGCAAUUUCACUUGGAGAAUUGUCAGCAAAGAAGAAACGUCCGAAAUCUAAAGAAUUAUUAGAAGCUGAAGAAGCGGCAUUACUUGAACAACUACAAGCACAGACAACAGGUGAUGAAGUACCCCAAGAUAAUCUGCUUUUGGGACUCGGAACUCCUAAAAAGAAAGAUGAUCAACUAAAUCUUUUUGACAUUCAAACAGAUUUACCAAGACCAACCCAUUUAGGAGAAGAUGUUGGAUUGAUAGAAUUGGAUGGUGACUACUUUGAAUCAAGAGAGUUUUGCUAUCCUCCAACAAACGUUUUCUCAAAGUCAACAAAUGACCUCUUGAAGAAGAAAUUGAAAGAAAAGAAAGCUGUUUCCAUGUUUAAGGAAGUUGAUUUGUCAGAAGCUCAACCUAUAUACUUGUCUCACUACUGCCCAACUUUAUUUGAUAAUCAUACUGGAAAAAUUAGAAGAAAUUCUAUUUAA